AAAGAUAAGCAUUUUUAAUUUUACUAUAAAUACUUAUAACUUAAAGGACUGGGCAUACUUACAGUCUCCCACUACAAUACAAACAUGAAAGCGUUCGCAGGUUUAGUUCUCUUGGCAGCGGUGGCCUUGGCAGAAAAUGGUUGUCCCCAGGAACAAGUAUGGAACUGGGAAAUAGAAAAACUAUUGCCACAUAAGCAAUGUAACAAAUUCUACAAGUGCGCUCAUGGUCAGCCUGUGGAGAUGCGUUGUCCGUACAUACUUGUCUUCAACGUGGAAACAUUGAGGUGCGAUUGGCCAUCUCAGGUGGACUGUGCCGGCCGUGACCAGCCAGAAUCAUCUGAAGAAAGUGGGGAAGCUGCAGGAGCUAUUGGCAUGCAAGAUCCCAAUAUGAAUGUAAACGAAGUAAGCUUAGACGAUCCAAACAACGCGACUGAAGAAAACACAUCAGCUGAAAUUGAACAAGAAGUCGAGAGUCCUGAAGAGGCGCUUCCAGAAACAAGCACAUUACCAUCUGUUGAGUUGAAAGAAAACGGUUGCCCUGUAGAUCCUCUCAUCCAUUGGUUGACACCUCAUGAAGACGAUUGUACAUUAUUCUAUUAUUGUAGUUGGGAUACAAAAAUUCUGCGACAAUGUUCACCUGGGACACACUUCAAUAGGGAACUUCAGGUUUGCGAUUAUCCCCAGAGAGCCGGCUGCAACGAAACUGCAAGCAGAUAAGGCGGAAAGCGUAGCUGAUAUUGACAUCUAUAGAGAUUUAAUUUUAUCAUACACAAUAUUCUUACAAGGAUUAAUAUAUUCACAACGGUAUUAUAUUGAUUACUCAAAAUUAAUUUAUACUUAUAUUGGAUUUUGAAAAAAGACAUCAUAAUUUUAUGUACUAAGAUAAUCAUAACACUGUACAAUUAAAUUUAGUACCUACUACUAUAAUUUGAAAUAUUGUAGUAAUGUGGAAAUAAUAAACCUCAGUUUUAAAAAUGAA